GUUGCCCCGGGCAAGACUGCUGGGUUUAAAGAGCUGAAACAUAGUGAGCUGAAUACAGCCCAAGCAGCUUCCUCAGACCUGCUCAGUGCACCCUGCUCUCAGCCCUGCUCUGCAGCCGUGACAUGGAGAGAGUGACCUGGGGCCUUCUCUUUGCACUGGCAGGCAUGCCUGCCUUUGAAGCCAAUGAUCUGGUUGAUAAAUACAGUCCCUUCUACUAUGACUGGGAAGGCCUGCAGCUGGGUGGGACAAUCUGCGCAGGACUCUUGUGCAUCGUUGGACUCCUGUUCAUCCUAAGUGGCAAGUGUAAAUGCAAGAACAAUCAGAAGCAGAGGCUCUGCCAGUACCUGCUGAACACAGGACCAGCUUUGUGGCACUCCCAGUGCCAGCUCCCAUGCUGUUCCCUCCCUACUUAGAGGCCUUUCUUUCCAUGGGUUGACCCUUAGUCUCCCUUCGGAUCAGGAAGCUGCCCAAAGCUUAUUUCUAAAUUAAACUGAUCUCACUC